UAGAGAUCAGCUUCGAUCACAAAGCCAACAAAUUAAAAUAUCAAUAAUUAGUAAUGGCUUACGACAAUGGAGUCUGUGGUGUUAACAAUGGCGAUCUCCUCGGAGCCGAAGCCUACAUUUGGAACCAAAUGUUCGGUUUCAUGAACUCUUUCAACUUGAAAACCGCAGUUGAACUGGGAAUCCCAGACAUCAUCCACAACCACGGCAAGCCCAUGAAACUUUCCGACCUCGUCGCUGCCCUUCCCAUCAACCCAUCAAAAGCCCACUGCAUCGGCCGCCUUAUGCGCAGCCUGGCUCUUUCCGGCUUCUUUCUCGAGGAAAUAGCCCGAGAAAAUGAACUCCUAGAAACUGAGUACACUCUCACCCCCACUUGCCGGCUUCUCUUAACCGACAAUCCCUUCACUCUUUCGCCGUUCUUGCUGGCCAUGCUCGACCCGAGUUUAAUAAACUCGUGGCAAUACCUGACGGCUUGGCUCCAGAAUGACGAUCAGACGGCGUUUAACACAGCCAAUGGGACGUCGUUUUGGGAUUACGCCGGCCAUAAGCCGACUCUGAACUUCCGGUUUAACGACGGAAUGUCGGCUGAUUCGAGGUUGGUAGCGAGUGUGAUGAUUAAGGAGUGUAAGGAAGUGUUUGAGGGGCUAAGUUCGGUGGUGGAUGUCGGCGGCGGGACCGGAACAAUGGCCACCGCCAUUGUCGAGGCCUUCCCGCACUUGAAGUGCACAGUGUUUGAUCAGCCACAUGUAGUUGCUAAUUUGCAGGGGCGUAAGAACUUGAGCUUCGUUGGAGGGAGCAUACUUGAUGUCUUCCCAGCUGCGGAUGCAAUUCUACUCAAGUGGAUCUUGCACUUCUUGGGCGACGAAGACAGCAUCACAUUGUUGAAGAAAUGCAAGCAGGUAAUUCCAAGCAAAGAAAACGGUGGAAAGGUGAUUAUCAUAGACAUGGUGACGGGGAUCUCCAAAGGAACAGAAGAGUCGGUCCAGACACAGUUCUUCUAUGACAUGCUAAUGAUGAUUAAUGUUGCAGGAAAAGAGAGAAAUAAGAAAGAAUGGGCAGAGCUGUUCUGGAAAUCUGGUUUUAGUGACUACAAGAUCCAUUCGGUUUUCGGAUUAAGGUCCCUCAUUGAGGCAUACCCUUAAUAAAUCAACAGCUUCUAUUUACUAUUCACGUUAAAUAAGUAUAUGAGCUUGUUAUAGUUCAUUCAUCUAAGUUUGAUGAUCAUUGAGGCAUGCCCUUGAUGAAGUCAAACAUCUAUAGUUGUUUCACUAAAUAACCAAAUGUUUUAAGGUCCAUUUAUAUGCAAGUCUUCAUCAUGUCAUAGAUUUGUACUAAUUAAGAAUUGGAAUGGGGAGCUCUACAUUAUGACCAAUAUAUUUGAAUAAUUAUAAAUGCGUUUU